UGAUGAAAAGUGUGGAAAGAGAAGCGGAAAAGAAGGAAAAUUUAGGAGAAAAGUUGAGGAGAGAGGUAUUAUUGGUAGGGAAAAGGAAAAAUAAAGCACCUUCUACUCCAUUACCCUCUUCUUCUACUAAACUUUGGCUUUUUAGUCACAAUAAUAAUAUUAAUAACAAACACUGUUGUAGUAGUAGUGGUGGUGGUGCUACCAUUUUUCACAACCACCAAACACUACCUACCACCACCGUCUCUGCUCGGAAGCUCGCCGCGGCACUCUGGGAAUUUAGCCACUAUUACUUCCCUCUCUUUCAAAUGCAUCGUCCCGUCAAUAACGCUGCUGCCGCCGAUUCAAGACUUCGCCGCCGCCAUUAUACGCUUCAUAAGGAUAAAGCUCCUGAUAUUUCAAAUUUUAUAGCCGAUGCUUCUCCUAGUUCCCCUGAUCAGCCAGCUAGCACAAACAGUUUGAGGAAGCAUGUUGCAGCAUCCCUUAUGCAACAUCAUCGGGCAAUUGAGAGAAACAACCAUGCAUUACAACCCCUAUCUCCCGCAAGUUACGGUAGCUCCAUGGAGAUGACACCUUAUAAUCCUGCAGCCACUCCUAGUAGUUCCUUGGACUUCAAGGGAAGGAUCGGGGAGCCACAUUAUAGUCUCAAAACGUCUACAGAACUGUUAAAAGUGUUAAAUAGAAUAUGGAGCUUGGAAGAACAGCAUGCUUCUAACAUAUCAUUAAUAAAAGCAUUAAAAACAGAGCUAGAUCAUACACGUAUCAGGGUCAAAGAGUUGCUUCGAGACCGACAGGCAGAUCGACGUGAGGUUGAUGACCUAAUGAAACAAAUUGCAGAGGAUAAAUUGGUCAGGAAGAGUAAGGAACAGGACCGACUCCAUGCUGCUGUUCAAUCUGUGAGGGACGAACUCGAGGAUGAGAGGAAAUUAAGAAAACGGUCAGAGAGCAUACACAGGAAACUAGCUCGGGAGCUUUCUGAGAUGAAGUCUUCUCUCACUAAUGCUCUAAAAGACUUGGAGCAAGAGAGAACAAGAAGGAAAUUAUUGGAAGAUCUCUGUGAUGAAUUUGCUAGAGGUAUAAAUGAUUAUGAGCAGGAGGUGCAUGCACUGAAACAAAUGUCUGAUAAGGAUUGGGUUCAGAGGGCUGAUCAGGAUCGUUUGGUACUCCACAUAUCUGAAUCAUGGCUGGAUGAACGUAUGCAAAUGCAACUGGAAGCAGCUCAGAAUGGUUUUGUGGAUAAGAAUUCCAUAGUUGAUAAACUAAGCCUUGAAAUAGAGACUUUUCUUAAAGCUAAACUAAAUAGUAGGAGUAUGGAAACUAUAGCGGUAAGGGAUCGCCGGAAUUCGUUGGAGUCUGUACCACUGAAUGACGCUGUUAGUGCACCACAAGACAUGGGCGAUGAUGAUGAUGAUUCUGUGGGCAGUGAUUCAAAUUGUUUCGAAUUGAACAAGCCAAGCAACAGGGGAGCUAAAGUACACGAGGAAGAGACUGUGGACAUAAAUCUUGACGAGACUUUGAAAUCCAACCACAAGAAGAAAAAACCAAUACCACGAGAAGGGUUUAAAAAUCAUAUCCCAUCUAGCUUGCAAGUGAAGUUUGAAGAACAAAUGGCUUGGGCCAUGUCAUCUAAUUCAAAUAAGAAGUCCCAGUCAAUUGAUGCAGAGGAGGGGAAAUCCAUAGAUACAAGGCCAGUUGAAGGAACUAUAAUAUCUGAAGAACCUGAACACUUUGAAAUUAGUGAAAAUGGUGGUUUUGAAAGAAAAAACAACCCAAGUGAAUUGCACAGCUCAAGUAAAAAUCACAUAAUGGAUAAUCUCAUAAGAGGUCAACUUUUGGCAUCAGAGGGUGGUAACAUGCACACCGAACAUAAUAAUUAUGGUGAGGCAUCCUGCAGCAAUGCUGGAUGGAGGAAUCAGGCAAGCCCUGUGAGGCAGUGGAUGGCAAGUCUUGAUAUAUCUUCUGAAGCUUCCAAAGUGCAUUCAGGAUCAAAGGACAAUACUUUGAAAGCAAAGCUUCUUGAAGCAAGAUCAAAGGGGCAGCGGUCGCGAUUGAAGGCUAUGAAAGGGUCCUUUUAGAGGUUUAAGAAAUCGGAAAAUUUGAUAAUACGUUGACUGGGAACUAAGAUGGUGGAUGAUGGUAGCUAUGGUUCCGCAUUCUCCACUUCUGGGUCUCUUCCUUUCCAAUGGAAUUUUUGCUUUGUUCAUAAUAUCAACUGCGUAUCUGUAACAUAUUUUUGUUCAGGGUGUAUUCUCUUCUCUAUACCAUUGUAGAUGUUGUCAUGUCAUGUAGCUAAAAUAACCGAAUUGACUUUUGAGAAGUAACAAAAAUAUACAAUUUUGGGUAGUUGCUUUAGCAUA